GUGUUAAAAGAAGCUUCACCUAUGCCAACAUAACAUUCAGACAGUAAGCAACAACAACUCUUCAUGCUCUCUCUCUCUUUCUCUCACUCUCGCUCUUCUUUCUUCAACCCACUCUCAUCCUCUCUCUAUUUUCUCCCAAUUUCUUCUACCCAACACAACAACAUAACCUUUUCUUCUUCAAACUUACACACAACACUCCGUUAGUGUUUUUUCUGUCUCCAUCAAUGGACCACUUUCUCUUCAAACCAGACAAGCCCAACGCCAUUCAAACACAAAACCUCUUCGCCGCCGUUUCCAAAAUCCUUCGCAUUCUCGAACUCUGCCUCCUCUUCCUCCUCCUCUCCUGGCUCCUCACGCGCCUACCCUUCGCCUUCGCCCUCUCUGCGCAAUUCCUUACCCGCUUUCUCUCCUUCGCCGCCAGCCCUCUCUUCGUCUUCGCCCUCUCCAACGCCAUCAUCGCCGCCCUCCUCGCCCAGUCCCGUUGCCUCUCCGGCCCCCGCUCCGCGGCCGACGCUCUCUACCACGAUUUCCUCAACUCCCGCACCCCCGUCACUGCACUCCACGCGCCGCCGCCGCGCGUGCUGCCCGAGCCCGAGUUCCAUGACAAGCAGGUCAUAGCCGAGACGGUUCAGGGUCGGCCCAGUGUCGACCCCGCCGCGAAGUACCGCCGGAGCAAGUCAGAGAACUGGAAAGGAGACAGCCUAAAAACGCCUCGCAGGCGAAAUCUCCGUCGGUCGGAGACCGAGAAGCGGCUCGAAAAGCCACCGGAAAAUUUGUACCCGCAGGAUAAGCUGAGCAAUGAGGAGUUCCAACGCGCCAUUGAAGCGUUCAUCGCGAAGCAAUUGAGGUUUCUUAGGGAAGAGUCUUCUGCCAUUGUUGUUCAGAAUCCGUCAUAAUAGAUUUUGAAAGCUGUUUAAAAAAGAAAAUAGAUAAUAUAUGACAGUCCCUUGUGAUCCAGUGUGGAUAAUUUUCGGUGGAGCGCAUAACAUUGUCUGAAAGUGUGUGUUUUUGGCGAAGGUAAUGACGUGGAGAUAUAUAAUAUAAUUGAUGAGGCCUGGAACUGAAGAAUAUGUUCCUUGAUGGAUGCUGAUCUUAUUCUAGAGUUUAUAGUUUUAUUAGCUAGCUAUGAGAGAAAUGCAAGGGAAUAAUGGUAUUGUAUUCCUAAUAAACAUCAAUGGUUGAUGCUUGAUUUAUUCA